AUGUCGAAGAGUGAUUUGAAAAUCUGUGAGAAUGUCGGAGAUAAUCCUCACAAUGUCGUCGACGACAAACCGUGCGAGAAGAAGUUAGUUAUUGCGCAUAUAGUUAGGUCAGGACAGGCUGCUACAGAGUCUUUACUUUUUACAACCAAUAAAGUUUAUGAUAGUGUGGACAAUGAACAAGCAAGAUUGUACUAUCCUUUUACUGUCAGCAUAACAAAGUCGAAACUUAGAUAUGCCUAUCCUUUGCGUUAUGAAACUACUGUCAACAAUCAUCCUUAUGAAGAAUUGCGCACCAAAGUUAAAUGUCGUGAUGAAUUUGCAGAUGAACACGCUUCAUGUGGGUUUGCACGUGAUCACAUAGGAAAUAAGAUUUGGGAUAGUCAGGGUUUCUGCUGCGCAUGUUCUAUAUAUGACAUAGUUCCAAAGUGGAUGAGAUGGUUGAGAUAUGGUGGUCACGUAAAGGAGUUUUAUCGCGGGAGUCAAGGUGGUCUUUGCGGCUACGGUUAUGACGUAGAUGACAUGUUUUCACAUUGUAUGAGAAUGGAUGAUCUUUGGUAUGAUGUUUACUCCAUUGAACCACAUCGAUUGUCCUUUGUUAUUUCCAUUCGAGCAUAUGAACAAGUGAAGAAGACUGUAGACAAUAAAACUCUGACAAACUGGGUUGAAGGAGGGAAGAUAGAUCUCAAUUAUCAAAAAAGAAGUGGAUUUGGACAUUAUGGAAGAUUGCUUGCGAGAUUUCAUGGAACAUUUGAGUCUACAAAGGAAAUUCCAAAUUUGAAACUAAGAUAUUUACUUAAACCGAGGGUAACACCAGAGAACAGUGCAAAUGGAGGACACCCUCAGAUUCAGAAUGGUUACCAUGACUACAUGCUCGUUCCCGGUACCAUGAUCUCACUGCGCGAGUCAAUGAGUAAUUGUGACAUGAUCGGAGUAUCGUACAGUUCAUUUCGUAAACAAGGUGGUGGAGCCAUGGGUCGUGGUCCAGGCUGUAAUCAGAAACCUAACAGUUGCCUGAAUAAUCAGCCCAAAGAUUUGUUUGAUCAAGAUACGGCACUUCGUAAAGUGGGAAAGAAACCAAAAUAUUUUGUUGAACAAUAUGGCAAAUGCGUCGGUAUAAAUAAAGAUAGCAAGUCUGGGGAGAUGGGUCUGAUCUACGAGUCUGAUGAUACAGUUCGUAAUAGUCUUGUAACAUUAGAAGUUAGUGCUGAUGAUAUGAUACUGAUCUAUAACAGGGCGGAUGGUGUUAUCGUGAAAACUUUUGCCAACAACUUUGACGCUUUGUCACAGGAUGGUGAACUGACAGUCGUUGUUCAAAAUACUGGCUUAGUAACAGCUGACUUUUAUGUCGUGUUUUCAAGAUGUUCCGAGGGAAUUUAUCGUGGCGAUGAACGAAUGGCGUCAAUCAAUCCAAGAGCAACUCACAUGUUUACUUAUAAAAUUGAUGCGUAUUUAAGAAAAGGAAAAAAACAUUAUUGUACAGUUCAGUUGUACGAUUCAAGGCACAAUCUUCAGGAUACGGCAAACGUGACAUUUAAAACAUUUACACCUUGUGUUUGCCUUCAUAAUUGUGUUUGCAAGUGCAACGAAAUAGCUGUAGAUGAAAACGAUGAAAAGGAAGCAAGCAUCAAUGAUUGUCAAGAUCCUGAUGAUUUUGUCGAUAAUAACGACGACGACGAUGAUGACGAUGAGAAAAAGAAAAACAAUUUAUUCACCAAAUUUAUGAACAUAAUCCGUCCAUAUAUAAAUCGUACGCGCCUCGUUCUUGGUGGAUUACUUUUAUUUGGUGUAUUGAAAGCUUUUCUUGGUCGUCGCUUCCUUUUUAUUGCAAAAUUUGGUCUUGGGGGUGUUCAUGUUGGUGAACACGUUGAAAAAAAUAAAUACGGUUGUCAUCCACAAUCAUGGACUGCGUGA